UCCAAUUUCAACUUCACAUCUUACUGUUGUUAAUUUACCUCAUAAUACAACACAACAAAAACAAAAUAAUCAAAAUAAUCAACAAUCACCGAAAGUUCAGAAAUCACAAAAUCAUGGACAAACAAAACAUCAAUCGCAGCAAAAUUCGAAACAAGAAAAAGGACACAGUCGUCAAAAUUCAUAUAAUAAAAAUUUCAAACAAACCAAUAAAAACAGGAAAAAGACUCAAAAGAAUAAUAAUUCUGAUAAUCGUAAUCAGAAUAAGUCAGUAGAUAUAACUAAAGACAUUAGUGAACAA